ACCAUGGCGGCAUCAAACCAAGUCGGUGUUGCAAAAAUGUUGAUGAAGUUUUGUUUGACGAACGUCCACGGCAUCUUGUCAACCCUGUUUAGAUGGAUGUCUGUUUUGAUGGGGCUGUCUGGCGCACGGGUGCAACAAACACCUGUUGGCAGUAUCAGUCGCACUAAAGAGGACCUGAAAGAGAGCUCCGGUGCUCGGUGCACUACUCCGAGCAGUGUAAACUACCAUUUUACACGGCAGUGCAAUUACAAAUGCGGGUUUUGCUUCCACACUGCAAAGACCUCGUUCGUCUUGCCUAUUGAAGAAGCAAAGCGAGGAUUGCGCCUUCUGAAAAAUGCAGGGAUGGAAAAAGUAAACUUCUCGGGUGGAGAGCCCUUCCUGCAAGACAGGGGCAACUUUUUGGGAGAGUUGGUGAAAUACUGCAAACAGGAAUUGGAGCUGCCAAGCGUCAGCAUAGUCAGUAACGGCAGUUUGAUAAAGGAAACCUGGUUUCAGAAAUAUGGUGACUAUUUGGACAUUCUGGCAAUUUCUUGUGACAGUUUUAACGAAGACACCAAUAAAGUAAUAGGUCGAGGUCAGGGCAAGAAAAGUCAUUUGGACAAUUUGCAUAAAGUUCGUAACUGGUGCCGGGAUUACAAAGUGGCUUUCAAAAUAAACUCAGUUAUCAAUACCUACAAUGUGGAUGAAGAUAUGACCGAGAACAUAACUGCUCUGAACCCAGUGCGCUGGAAGAUCUUUCAGUGCUUGCUAAUUUAUGGUGAAAAUGCAGGGGAGAACAGCCUCCGGGAGGCAGAGAAUUUUGUCAUCAGUGAUCAGCAAUUCCAAGAUUUCCUGAUCCGCCACCAGAGUGUUGCGUGUCUUGUUCCAGAGUCUAAUAAGAAGAUGAGAGACUCCUACCUGAUUCUUGAUGAAUAUAUGCGCUUCCUGGAUUGCCGAGAGGGGAGAAAAGAUCCAUCAAAAUCCAUUCUAGAUGUCGGUGUGGAAGAGGCCAUCAAGUUUAGUGGUUUUGAUGAGAAAAUGUUCCGUAUAAGAGGGGGGAAAUAUCUAUGGAGCAAAGCAGAUAUGAAACUGGAGUGGUGACCCUUUCAAAUAUUGUUGUUUUUAACAUGUAUAUAUAUAUAAAUUAACUUGAAAUGUAAAAAAUAUGACAAUGAGUAAUUGUAAAUAAUUGUAUUUUUUAUAUGUAUAUAGAUAGAUAGAUAGAUAGAUAGAUAGAUAGAUAGAUAGAUAGAUAGAUAGAUAGAUAGAUAGAUUUAUAAUUGUGUAUAUUAUGGCUUGUAUUUAUGGCUAAUACAUGCUGUUUGUAUUCAGUAUUUAAAUUACCUUAAGUAUGCUUUUAUCUCUUAUAAUAUAUGUUUUUCUUAACUCGCACUUUCUUGUUAGUGCUUAUGUACCCCCAUAGCAAGGGAGUACAUAAGCACUUAAUCAAUGCAAUUUGAAAGCAUGAGUGCACUUUCACAGACUUCAUUAGACAUUAUAUGCUAUUUUAAUUGUUAUUAUUGGGUUGAAAGGCCUUUGGAAUCUCAGUCUAGUCUUUAACCUACAG